AGUCCUUCCCAGCUCCCACAUAAGGUUCUUCCUUCUUGUGAGAUAUUAAUGCAAAGCAUCGAAGUGUUGCUGACUUGGAAAGGAAAAUGAGCUGUUGACAAAGACGACAUACAGAUAUCGAUUGUUUCGGAUCAUGCAUCGAACCUACAGUGGUCCUGGAGGGGCCAUCAGAGAAAUAAAACUCUGCCUUCUUGGGGUAAGUCGAGGGACAUAUUGAAAGAAAAUUCGAGCUUUCGAAUCAAUGUAAUUGUAUAGUUGUCACACUCAUUACGUAAAGGUUAAUUUUGUCUGUUGAUUGGUGAAUUUAAUGUGUUUUUCUGCAGGAUGCUGGUGUGGGAAAGUCGUGUUUGGUUCAUCGUUUCGUAUCGGACGCUUUCAAUGCUGCCUCAAUGCCUACCAUUGGGUUGGUAUAGUGUUGAGUGUUGGAAGCUCUUUCAUUGUUUAUAUAACAUUUUUAAUCAUUUCGUCCCAAGUAAAGUAGGGAACGUAUUAUUAAAAUGUAAUCAGCAGAGUAAUAAAUAAACAAACAUAAGUAAGAUGUUAAAAGAUAUUUCUGUGAUUUAGCUUCUCCAACCCUGAACUCUGCAUCAACCCCGAAUUCCUAUCGAAUCGUUAAUAACUUGUGGUGUCCUAUAAAUACUAUCUUGAUUAAUAUUUGCUGAACCGGUUUACAGUUAAUUGUUAGUAUCUUUGAUAUGUAAUCAUUUGUUGGUCGAAAACGCUCAGCUGACCAUCAUAAACAGAUAAAUGUGUAUAUUCAUUUGAUAAAAAUACAUAUCAAAAGUUAGAAGAUAAAAUUAAGCAAAAUAUUUUAAGAUUAAAAGGGAACAAGUAAGUUUAGUCAUCUCUUACAAAGGUGCUUGUACUAUACAUGUGAUGAGUACAACUGCAGCUUUCCUACAAAGUCAUGCAAACAGCGUAACACCUCAUACCCUAUCAUCAGUACAGAUUUCCCUAACUGUUCUCUUUACAUUUCUCAAAGUACUGACAAGGAGAAUUUGUGUAACAAUCAAGAGCUUCUUUUUCAAUGAUCAUUUCCUUUAUUCUCAUGACCUUAAUGUAUGAUUCAGUGGUGAUAUUGUAAGGAGAAAUGAGAUGCUAGUCCCUUCUUGGGGUCAAAGGGAUAUGCCUAAACAUAAUUUUUCAAAAACCAGUGUGUGUGUGGGGAGGGGCAUAGAAUGGCAGAUAGGUGGUAAUAGGCUUUUAAUCUGUAUUCCUGUGUGCAAGUCCUGCUCUCUGCCACUUGUCAAUUUUUUUCAUUUGUUUUCUUUUUUUAAUUUCAUUUUCUUUGGCCCUGUAAAACCUGAUGAUGGAGCUGGAAAAUGAGUCUCUACUAUUAUUAUUCUGAUUAAUAAUAACAAUAAUGAUUAUAAUUAUUAUUAUUAUCAUUAUUACUAUCUGGCUUUUUUUAAAAUUGUUUUUAACAAAGAAAUUGAUGCAUGAUGACUGUUUUGAUUUCUCAGUGACCUACUUUUUUUAAAUGCAUUGUGAAAAUUACUGUGGAGAUAUUUCUGCCUGAAAAUUUUCUUAAAGGCUGUCGUCCCAUUUCACACAAGUUUCUACAGAAUAUUUUGCUGGACGUACACUUGUUAAUCUUUUCAAAAAUGGAUUUACCUUUUACCAAAUGAGUUAUCAUCAAGAGAGUAAGAGUAAAUUAGUCUUUCAGAGGCUCAAAUUAAAUUUGCCAAAAAAAGUUUUGGGAAGUAUCCCCAAACCUCACAAAGGGGUGCCAAUUUUUGGAGUUUGAAUUGUAAACCAUAUGCAUUAUGCAUUUGGUGAUCUGCUCUUAAAGUCUCUAAGAAACCUGGUAACAGAAGUGUAGGCAUAAUUAAUCCCUGUGAGGUUUCUAUUUUGCAGGCAGUACUAGUCUUGCAAAUGAAAGACCUUUAUGAAUGAUAACAGUUAUUCAUUUAAGUAUAUGUUAUCAAUCCUUCCCUCCUCAUUUGCUUAAAUCCGUGCUUUCUUUGUAUUUCACAGAGCAGCCUUUAUGACCAAAAUGUUGCUUGUGGGAGAACAAGCAUUUAAAUUCAAUAUUUGGGACACGGCUGGACAGGAAAGGGUAGGAGAGAAAAACCAUACAGUACUGUUUGCCUAUUUGGUUAUUAAAUGUAUUUUGGAUUGUGUGACUGUUUAAUUUUAUCCUUGUUGUAAGCUUGAUUUUCCUUCUGUUGAGACUCAUUUUUUUCAUUCUGUUAUUGGUGUAAUAUCACCAUUAUAAUGCGACAAAAUAGUGAUGAAGAUGGUGAAAUUUGUAUCAAGAGUAAGAGAGCCAUGACCAUGACACUCCUUGCCCAGACAUGUCUGUAAACAAAUGUGUUUUACUGUGAACUUAGGAAUAUCAUGUGAUUAUAUCAGAAGACUAUCUCACACUGAGUCACUGUUAGUAAUAUUUUCAGUUAGUAAACUCAGAGAUGUAAAACCUUUUAGAGGCCAUUCAUCUGCAACUAUAACCAAUUUACUCUCUAGAAAUCAUAAUUUUAAUUCUCAAAACCUUUAAUCCUUUAACUCCUAUGAGUAACCAAGACAGAACCCCUUCUCACAAUCUUAUUGCAAUAUCAAGCAGGCAAGUGAUGAGAAUAAAAGAAAAUAUCAAUUUGGGGAUCAUUAGUUGAUCAAAUACCAAAUUCUCUGUACUAACUUUAUGAGAAUUGUAUGGCAGACAGUAAGGAGAAUUACUAAUGAGAUCUUGAGAGUCAUAACAUUUAAACUAUAAUGGGGUAAACAAGCAUUUACUCAUUCUUAAAUUUUUUAUGUUAUAAUAUUAUUUUAUUUACUGUUGUGUAUGUUUGUCUUAUCAUUCAGUUCAAAAGUUUGGCUCCACUGUAUUACAGAGAUGCUGCUGCUGCCAUUUUAGUUUAUGACAUAACAAGUGAUGUAAGUAUGAACAUUUGUUGGUCAGAAUGUGCUUGAUUGGAAAUUCUCUAGUACAUAGUAAGGGUUAGAUGAUGCUUAAAGUAUGCUGUAAAGCUGUAAUUGUUGCAGAAUAUAUAUAUGAUUCAGGAUUAUUUACAAGUGGUGAUUUAAAAUUGACAUAUGAAACUGAAAUAAGUGAGGACAGAAUCAAAGAAAAUGAAAGAUGCAAUAUGGAAAUGUGUGAGAUGAAAAAUAUUAAAUUCAAGAUAACCUAUGAGCAGGCACCCUAGCAUGAGUGUUUCUGCACUGGCAAGAAAGUUCAAGUUCUUGAGCAAAGUCAGCCAGCAAGAGGUCUCUGAGGGUUCUCAACCAGAUAACAAUCACCAGACACCUCAUCGACCUCUGAUAGCCUCACUUUGUUUAAGGCUGCAAAUAUACUUAGGGGUGAAGAAACUCUUAUGCAGAAGUGCUAUGUACAGCUGGGGGCCUGAUUACUGAAUAGAUCUAAGAUACUUUUCAAUCUUAACAUAAUCUUUAACUUGGAAACUGUGGAGGGUAUCAGAUAAUUACAAGUAGAGAACUGCGAUUAAGGUACUUGUUUCAUCUGAAUCUGACUGAAGUCCAUCUGAAAAGAACAAUCAAAGUUAUCUUUCUUCUUAAGCAUACACCCCAAAAAGGGCUCACAAACUUGACUUAUCAUACUGCACAUACUGAGAGAUAUUAUACUAUCAUACAACGUAACUGAUUUUAUUAUGAACUUUGUUAGACAGAGUUUUAAAUAUUUGUAUGUUGCAUUCCAGAGUUCAUUUCAUGCAUUAAAAAGCUGGAUCAAGGAGCUAAAAAGAUAUGGCCCCCCUGAUAUUCUUAUAGCCAUUGCAGGAAAUAAGUGUGAUAAGGCUGAUCAAAGAGAGGUCAGAUAUUAAUUACUGUAAAGUCAAGAGGUACUUUGAUUUGCAAUCCUUUUUUUUACCCUGGCUUAUGCUACUAAUCAGCUCCUCUAAUUUGUGUGCAAACCUCCUGGGUUGUGUUGUCUCAUCUUUUUGCUUAGCUAUAGCUGACAGAAAUGUUUGGCUCAUUAAAUCUGAGAAAUGGCCAAGAAACUCUAGGUUGAGGCCUUUCAGGUUAGGAAGUUUACAUCAAAAAUGUAGUUAUAAUGUGGCUGCAGCCUCAGCCUUUGGGACUGCUUACCCUUUCACUCACAAUUUGGUAAUUUUUUUCAUUGUCUGCCAUACAUUGUCAAUUCUUAAGAUGUUAAUUUUCAUCUUCCAUUAAGGUGCUUGAGGAAGAAGCAGAAGAGUUUGCUAACAGUGAAGAGGCAAUAUUUGUGGAAACAAGUGCUCGAACAAACAAGAAUGUACAUUGGCUCUUUGAAGAGCUAUGUAGGUUGAUUGAGUUCUCUUGCUUUUCUCUUAAUUCCUGGGUAUGGAGCUGUUAUUUGACAUUUCUGGGUGUAAAUCUUGAGGAAGGGUGCACUGAUUAACAUUUUAUGGAACAGGAAGGCCUUGUCCUUGAAGUUAUACACUGAUGUCAGUUAAGGAGCCUAUCAAGUUUUAGUCAAUGAGCACCUCUUUGUUCACUGAAGAAUUUUCACCUGAAGAGUUGCUUUUUAGGCAUUAUGUACUUUUUUAAGAGGGUAUUUUCUCACCUCACCUCAGUAUUUUUCCAUUCCAUUUAAUUGAGAAAACUCCUGUAGCUUGAAUAUAAUUUUCUCUUGUUCAGCUCGCAAUCUACCUCAAGAACAAGUUGACCCUCCAUCUGGAAGAAGCACUCUUGUACGACCUAAGGAAGCUGAAGAAGUAUCAAAUAAAGCUUGUUGCUCUCAAAAAUGACAGUCAAGUAAACAGACAAUAAUAUAAAACUUGGCUGGAAUUCCUGCACACAAGAUGCUGAUCUCCAAUCAAGUUUUUAGAGAGGGCUUGGAACUACAAAUUUUUCCCUUUGGGAACAUACAGCCUACUUUGGCAGGAGCUUGGGAAGAGGUUGAGUUGAGAAGACAGCAGACAUCUCUCAGCAAAUGAAAUUAACUAAUAAAUAAUGAUUUCUAGACUAGAAGACAGUUAAAAUUUUUUAUUGUUGUGAACAAAAUUAUAUGGAUUAAAAUCUCAGGGUGGUUUUCCUAGCUGAAAUGUCCCUAGAGCAGUGAGGGAUCUCACCACUUUCCUAAUAUCUCAGACUUGGUCAACAGAAGGACUGCUUAUAAUUUGGAAAAAUCAUGAGCAUUUCAGUUUACAUUCUUAAAAAGUAUGAAUGGGAAGCAGUGAAAUCCUCAGUAAUCUUAAGGUUUCAGACCCUUGGAACCCAACUGUGACAGAAUGUUUUACACUUGGUAGCAGUCGGUCAACUUAUAAAUAGGGGCUGUGAGAAGUAAUAGGCUGAGGGCAUUGUUAUUGACACAUCAAAAAUAUUUUCAUACACAGCAUACUUAAUUUUUCUUGCCAUGCAAGAUUAUUAUACAGAUGCAAAUAUGAUAGAAAUCCAUUCCAUCACAGUAUCUACCAGAUGAAUUUUCCUCUUUAAAAACCUCAGCAUGAAUGCAAACCCUUCCACUCCUAAGAUCCCAAUAUCUCUUUUCCUCACUGUCUGUCAUACGUUUCUUACAGUUUUGGCUCUGAGAAUUUGGUAUCAAAUUGUACAUUAUCCACAAGUUGAUGCAUUCCUCUCUUCUCAACAACUUUGUUCAGGAAAAUGUAUUGAUACUGUAAGGAGAAAUUACUACUUGGUCACUCCAAGGGGCUUUGCUACUCUAUUUUUUGUGUGUGAAUCAUUGAAAGCCACAUUUAAAAUCAGAGUUUCCAUUUAGAGGAUGUUCAUCACAUCCACCUGUUCAUCUUAUAAAUCAAUAAAGGAAAGAGAAGUAGAGUAGCUAUCUAAUGCUAAUAUUGUUCAAUGGCU